AUGGCGGGGGUGACUGCUCGGUGGCUCGUCCUGCUUGUGGUGGCCGUCUCGGCGGCCGCGACCGCGGUGUCGGCGUCCGGGAAGCACGAGAGAUGGAGGAUGAGCGGGAGGGUGGGUGGGCUGGUGGUGGAGAAGGAGAGGCGGAGGGUGGUGGCGGAGGCGGAGGCCGGGACGGUCACGGCCGUGGACGUGGCCGACGCGGCGGGCACGGCGUACCGGCUGCACUUCAUCACCAUGGAUGCCGGCGCGCUGUUCCUGCCCGUGCAGCUGCACGCCGACAUGGUCUUCUACGUUCACAGCGGACGAGGUAAGGUGACUUACAUAGAAGAAGAGAGCAGUGAACGAAGUUCCCUGGAGGUUGAGCGAGGAGACGUCUACAACUUGGAUCAGGGGAGUAUCAUAUUCAUCCAGAGCUACCCCAACGCCACGAGACAGCGUCUUCGGAUCUACGCCAUCUUUACCAGCGAGGGCAUCAACGCCGAUGACCCCUCGAAGCCCAAGGUGGAAGCUUAUUCCAGCGUCAGUAAUCUGCUCAAAGGGUUCGAAACAGAAGUUCUUCGUCUAGGAUUUGGGGUCCAACGAGAGGUGGCAGAAGCGAUCAAAUCGGCGAAGAUCCCACCAUUGAUUAUACCCUACAACCCACACGAGAAGGGUGACGAGGAGAAGCCCAACUGGACUGAGGACAUUGUCGACGCUCUGUUGGGAGUGCGAGACCCGGAGGAGUUUAUAAACAAUAAGAAGAAGGACAAGCACAAGAAGAAGGAGAAGGACAAGAAGUCCAGGAGCAAGGCAUUCAACUUCUACUCCGGCAAGCCCGACGUCCACAACUGCUACGGGUGGAGCAGGACGAUGACCAACAAGGACCUCGACGCCCUGCACGGCUCCAACAUUGGCAUGUUCAUGGUGAACCUGACCACGGGUUCGAUGGUGGGGCCUCACUGGAACCCGAAGGCGACGGAGAUCGCCAUCGUGACGGAGGGCACAGGGAUCGUUCAGACGGUGUGCCCGAGCAGCAGCAACCCUUCAGGCGAGAGCCGGAGAGGCCACCGCGGCGACGAGCGGGGCAGGCCGGGUGGCCGCGGCGACGAGGAAGGCGAAGGCAAAGGCUGGGUUCGGUGCAGGAACACGGUGUUCCGGGUAAAGGAAGGGGACGUGUUCGUGGUGCCGCGGUUCCACCCGAUGGCGCAGAUGUCCUUCAACAACGACUCGUUCGUGUUCGUCGGGUUCAGCACCCACAUGGGCCAGAACCACCCGCAGUUCCUAGCCGGGAAGGGCUCGGUGCUGCAGGCCAUCGGCAAAGAGGUGCUGGCCCUGUCGCUGGGCCAGGAGAACUCGACCGCCGUGGGGAAGCUGCUGUCGGCGCAGCGGGACUCCACGAUACUGUCGUGCAUCUCGUGCGCCGAGGAGCUGGAGGAGAAGGCCGCGGAGGAGGAGCGGAGGCGGCGAGAGGAGGAGGAAGGGGGAGGGAAGGGACCCGGGGAGCGCGAGGAGGAAAAGGAGAGGAGGGAGCGGGAAGAGGAAGAACGGAGGAAAGAGGAGGAAAAGGAGAGGAGGGAGCGAGAGGAGGAAGAACGGAAGAGAGAGCAAGAGGAAAGGGAGAGGAAGGAGGAAGAGGAGCGGCAGAGGAGAAAGGAAGAAGAGAGGGAGAGGCGAGAGCAAGAGGAAAAGCAGAGGAGGGAGGAGGAAGAGCGUGCACGGAGGGAGGAGGAGCAGAGGCAGCGGGAGGAGGAAGAAAGGCAAAGGGAGGAAGAAGAACGGCGGAGGGAGGAGGAAGAGGGUGGCGGCGGACAUGGAGACGAGCCGGAGAGUGACGAGCCGCUACUGUAUCGCUUGUCCAAGAAACUAAAGAAGCGCUACCGUGCUGGCACGUUCAAGAGUGGCUGAGCAGUGUUCCAGUCGUUGUCCCGUACAAAUAAACGCUGGGCCUCACUCGUUUAGGGGCAGUGGCAGUCGACUUGUGUAGUUGUGUACCUACUUAUUUGUGUUAAGUUUGUUGCUGUUUAGCUGCUAAACUAUGCUUCUAGUGCAUAAGCUUAGCCAACUUGCGUGAUCCCACAUGUAUGAAACGUACCGUAAAUUAGCAAAUAAGUCUUCAGCGUAA